UGGACCAGAGGUGGCGCUGUAAAAAAAUGAUUCCGAUGGCGAUGGCGUUCUUGACCCCAGGAACCCCGCAGACCAAGCGACGGCGGCGGUGACGGCGGCGGCGGCGUCGGAGGUGGCCGCGAGGCUGCUGGUGCCACGACCUGCCACUUCCAGUUCUGCUAUUACUUUAGCCACUUGCUGCGCACAUCUCGGUGAGCUCGCCACUCCGGUGGCGGCGGCGGCGGGCGGAGGGAAGAAAAUGGCACCGCCGCGGCGCGUGUGCGUGACCGGCGGCGGCGGGUUCAUCGCCUCGUGGCUCGUCAAGCUGCUCCUCUCCCGCGGCUACGCCGUCCACGCCACCCUCCGGGACCCAUGUGACCCCAAGAAUGUCCACCUCAAGCAGAUGGACGAGGCCCGGGAGAAUCUGCACCUGCUCAAGGCCGACGUGCUCGACUACGACGCGCUAACACGUGCGUUUGAGGGAUGUGAGGGGGUCUUCCACCUCGCCACUCCGGUGCCUGAAGAUAAGAUUGUUGAUCCUGAGUCAGAAGUAUUGGCUCCUGCUGUGAAAGGUACUUCAAAUGUGCUGAAGGCCUGCUCAGCUAUGAAGGUUCAGAAGGUUAUUGUCUUGUCAUCCAAUGCUGCUGUUGAUUUUAACCCGAAUUGGCCUCAAGACAGACUCAAAGAUGAGAGUAGCUGGUCAGACAAAGAUUUCUGCCAGGAGAAUGAGGACUGGUAUUCUGUUGCCAAGAUUGUGGCCGAACAGGCAUCCUUGGAAUAUUCAGAGAAACAUGGAUUAAAUGUUGUUACGCUUUGCCCUCCUUUGGUUUUUGGCCCAUUGUUGCAGCCUACUGUGAAUACCAGUAGCAAAUUCUUAAUCUAUGUUAUUAAUGGAGGACCUGACGUGAUGAGCAACAAGCUGUGGCACAUUGUAGACGUCCGUGAUGUCGCGGACGCCUUGCUGCUUGUGUACGAGAAGGCCGAAUCGUCUGGGAGAUACAUUUGCGCGCCGAAUAGCGUCUGCACAAAGGACUUGGUGGACUUGCUGAGGAAGAUGUACCCACAGUACAGCUAUGUGAACAACAUCGUCGACGCGGACCGUAAAGCGCCGCUGUCAUCGCAGAAGCUGAAGGAUCUGGGCUGGAAGCCGAGGAAGCUGGAGGAGACGCUCUCGGACAGCGUGGGCUGCUACGAGAAGGCCGGCCUUCUGCAGGGUUCCGCUGCGCGUCAUUGCCGGCUUCCGCAUCUGUUCCGUCUGGCUGGUGAUCAGUGAAUGUACCGUGGUGACUGGUGCUUUGUUUUCAUAUGGUCGGACUUCUGUAAGCUGUAGUGUCGCUGGACGGAGCCUCGCAACAGCAACAAUGGUCGAACCUCUUCCUUUGCAUCCACAAAUAAGCAGCUAUCCCUGCUGUA